GCCAUACUCGCUAGUUUGCUCUAGACCUGGCCGAAAUUAUAUACACUAAGAAAAUAUUUUGGGAGUAUGUAACGGUAUUUACGCUCCAUGUUCUCACUGGGGUUGGAGAUGGUGGUUCUUUCCGUAGCUUAUAAUGAGGGAAGAAGAAUGGCGGUUUUGAGAGUCCUUAUUUAAAUUUACACUUAAUUCUGCACCCUGCUCUUUGACGGGGUACAAUGAACCAACAGUCGCCUUUGUCUCAAAGCUCCGUAUCUGAUUCAGCCUAUGGCUCUGAUAUUGGAUCCACCGCAUCGCUCGAUGAUGAAUACCUUGAAACGGAUUACAAGCAUGGCAGAGUCUAUGCAGUGUUGUAUCAACAUCAACACCCAUGGCCUAUUGAUGAAGCGGAACAAGAUCGGCUUGGAGAGCAAUUCGAAUUGUACUGUGAAUUAUUUGACAAUAAAUUAGCCCAUGUGUCAAUUGAUAGGCCAUUAACCGUGCUUGAUGUUAGGUCAGGAACUGGCUGCUGGGCAUUGGAAUUUGCUGAUAGGAAUCCUGGGACCGAGGUACUUGGUAUUGACUUACUCGCCCACAUGAUGCCCAGAUGGGUACCGGCAAAUUGUGAAUUCGUGGUGGAAAAUCUGACUAGUUCUCACUGGCAUCAAAGCUAUAAAAAUGUUGACUUUAUCCAUAUAGGAGACAUUGGUGGUGAUUACCAACUUUUAUCAAUUCUUCUUAGCGGCUCCUAUAAGUGUUGUAAACAUAAAGGCAUGGUUGAGAUUUGGGGCACUAGACUCCAGCUGGACGACCCUGAUGGCGACAGUCCUCUCCACACAUUGUAUAAAAACAUGGAAAGAGCCUACCAGUGAAGCGGACGAUUUCUCUAUUUGCCUUCAAUAUAUGUGAAUGAACUGCACCGCCACGUGUUCAUCAAUACGAAUGAACAUGUCUAUCGUCUAUCACUGCGAAAUAUAUCUGAAGACUCCAUUGAGAGCAAAAUCAUCUCCAACUGGGCACGCGGGCUAAACGCAUAUUGUCUGGAAUUGAUGAGUCAGUUGCGAGGGAGACAGACCCUUAUGACAUUGCUUGAAUGUGCUGCAGCUCGAAGUGCUUUGGCCGCGGGUGUCAAUGGAUUCCUUGAAAUCCGCGUCGCCUAUGGACAGAAGCCAACUGAGGGUUGAGAUAGUAUGACUGUAUAUAUUACCCAGGGAAAUUGGUUCGGGGACUUUGGCUCUUUUAGUUGCAUAGUAGAAACACUGAACCUACGUUUGUCA